AUGAGAAUAAAUCCUACUACUUCUGGUCCGGGAGUUUCCGCGCUUGAAAAAAAGAACCUGGGGCGUAUCGCUCAAAUUAUUGGGCCAGUGCUAGAUGUAGCUUUUCCCCCGGGCAAGAUGCCUAAUAUUUACAACGCUCUGGUAGUUAAGGGUCGAGAUACUGCCGGUCAAGAAAUUAAUGUGACUUGUGAAGUACAACAAUUAUUAGGAAAUAAUCGAGUUCGCGCUGUAGCUAUGAGUGCUACAGAUGGUCUAACGAGAGGAAUGGAAGUGAUUGACACAGGAGCCCCUCUAAGUGUUCCAGUCGGUGGGGCAACUCUAGGACGAAUUUUCAACGUGCUUGGAGAACCUGUUGACGAUUUAGGUCCUGUAGAUACUCGCGCAACAUCCCCUAUUCAUAGAUCUGCGCCUGCCUUUAUACAGUUAGAUACAAAAUUAUCUAUUUUUGAAACAGGAAUAAAAGUAGUAGAUCUUUUAGCCCCUUAUCGCCGUGGAGGAAAAAUCGGACUAUUCGGGGGAGCUGGAGUGGGUAAAACAGUACUUAUUAUGGAAUUAAUCAAUAACAUUGCGAAAGCUCAUGGGGGUGUAUCCGUAUUUGGCGGAGUAGGCGAACGUACUCGUGAAGGAAAUGAUCUUUACAUGGAAAUGAAAGAAUCUGGAGUAAUUAAUGAAGAAAAUAUUGCAGAAUCAAAAGUGGCUCUAGUCUAUGGUCAGAUGAACGAACCGCCGGGAGCUCGUAUGAGAGUUGGUUUGACUGCCCUAACUAUGGCGGAAUAUUUUCGAGAUGUUAAUGAACAAGACGUACUUCUAUUUAUCGACAAUAUCUUCCGUUUCGUCCAAGCCGGAUCCGAAGUAUCCGCCUUAUUGGGUAGAAUGCCUUCCGCUGUGGGUUAUCAACCUACCCUUAGUACCGAAAUGGGCUCUUUACAAGAAAGAAUUACUUCUACCAAAGAAGGGUCCAUAACUUCUAUUCAAGCAGUUUAUGUACCUGCGGACGAUUUGACUGACCCUGCUCCUGCCACGACAUUUGCACAUUUAGAUGCUACUACUGUACUAUCAAGAGGAUUAGCUGCUAAAGGUAUCUAUCCAGCAGUAGAUCCUUUAGAUUCAACGUCAACUAUGCUCCAACCUCAGAUCGUUGGUGAGGAACAUUAUGAAACUGCGCAAAGAGUUAAGCAAACUUUACAACGUUACAAAGAACUUCAGGACAUUAUAGCUAUCCUUGGGUUGGACGAAUUAUCCGAAGAGGAUCGCUUAACUGUAGCAAGAGCACGAAAAAUUGAACGUUUCUUAUCACAACCCUUUUUCGUAGCAGAAGUAUUUACCGGUUCUCGGGGGAAAUAUGUCGGUCUAGCAGAAACAAUUAGAGGGUUUAAAUUGAUCCUUUCGGGAGAAUUAGAUAGUCUCCCUGAGCAGGCCUUUUAUUUGGUAGGUAAUAUUGAUGAAGCUACUGCGAAGGCUACGAACUUAGAAAUGGAGAACAACUUGAAGAAAUGACCUUAAAUCUUUGUGUACUGACCCCGAAUCGAAUUGUUUGGGAUUCAGAAGUGAAAGAAAUCAUUUUAUCUACUAAUAGUGGACAAAUUGGCGUAUUACCAAACCAUGCACCUAUUGCCACAGCUGUCGAUAUCGGUAUUUUGAGAAUACGCCUUAAUGACCAAUGGUUAACGAUGGCUCUGAUGGGUGGUUUUGCUAGAAUAGGCAAUAAUGAGAUUACUGUUUUAGUAAAUGAUGCAGAGAAGGGUAGUGACAUUGAUCCACAAGAAGCUCAGCAAACUCUUGAAAUAGCAGAAGCUAACUUGAGGAAAGCGGAAGGCAGGAGACAAAUAAUUGAGGCAAAUCUAGCUCUCAGACGAGCUAGGGCACGAGUAGAGGCUAUCAAUGGGAUUUCGUAACUAUAACUAGUUGGUGCGUCCGAAUAAUCAAAAGAACUUCUGUAUAAACAGAAGUUCUGUUUAUACACUUUUUUUUAUUCUACCAAUUGAAUAGAAUCAUAAGUAGAAUCGGAUUCUAAUACAACGAAAAUUUUUUCAAUUCAAAAAAUGAAAUAGAAUGGAACGAAAAA